UGAAGUAAGGUCUCAGACCAUGAGUUCAAAAACGGAGGGGCUUAUCUCAGUUCCACCAACCACCUUUUACGGCCUAGCCCUCUCCCAAAACUCUGGUUAGGAGGAGCUCCGCUGCACCCUCGAGGGGCCGACCAACCAGAGGGGUGGGCUUUCCGGUCAGAGCCGGCUCCCUCCGCAAUGGCUUCUCGUGGGGUCGUUGGCCUUUUCCUCCUCUUUGCUCUUCCCGUCUUGUGUCUGGAGCUCCGGCGUGGGAUUCCGGAUCUAGGAAUUAAAGAUCUCAUUUUGCUGUGUGGCCGGAUUUUCUUACUCCUUGGCCUUCUUACUUUAAUCAUUUCUGUGACUACCUCCUGGCUUAACUCAUUUAAAUGUUCUCGAGUUUAUCUGAAAGAUGAAGAAGAGGAAGAGAAUGAGAAAAGACAAAAACUUGUGAGAAAGAAGCAACAAGAAGCACAGGGUGAAAAGGCCAGCAGAUACUUAGAGAAUGUUUUAAAACCUCACCAGGAAAUGAAAUUGAAAAAACUGGAAGAGCGCUUCUAUCAGAUGACGGGUGAAACCUGGAAGUUAAGCAAUGGUCACAAGCUCGGGGGCGAUGAAGAUUUGUUGCUUGACAAUGCAAGUCAGACAUCUUUUGAAACUGCAAACAGAGAAGCAGCAAAGAGACGGAACUUGCCUAAGCCUGUCACCAAAGUUUCACCCCCUGCUGAACAGCCCCCACAGAAGAAGGUUCUUGAUUUACCUGAAGAACCUCCUGAAGCAGCUGAAGAAGUAGUUACUGUUGCUCUCCGGUGUCCGAGCGGACGUGUCCUGAGGAGGAGGUUUUUGAAGUCUUGCAGUUCGCAGGUCUUACUUGACUGGAUGAUGAAAAUUGGUUACCACACAUCCCUAUAUAGCCUUUCUACCUCCUUUCCCAGAAGGCCACUGGAAGUGGAGGGAAGUUGGACACUGGAGGAUGUAGGAAUAACUGUGGAUACAGUACUCAAUGUGGAAGAGAAAGAGCAGAGCAACUAAUUAAGAAAUGAGAACUACCUGUUCUACAUAAAAUCAGUUAUGCCAUGACCUUACAGGACAAUAAAGGAUUCAAUUAAAAUUUUGCCAUGCUUUGAUUGAGUUAAAGGUCAGACUGUGGAAGCCAGCCUCCAAGAUGGCCUCAUGGCCCCUCUCCUGGUAUUCAUACCUUUGUUCUGUCCUCUCCCACAGCGUACCAGAGUUGAUCUGUGUGACCAGCAGAAUUAACCAAAAGUGAUGGUAUGUCCCUUCUUAGAUUAGGCUGCAAGGGACUGCAGCUUCUGUCUUGUCUCUGAUCACUUGUUCUGGGGGCAGGGGGAAAGCAUGUUGUGAGCAACCCCGUGUCACAGAACUGAAGCUUCGUGAGUGAGCAUGGAGUGAAUCCUCCAGCCCCAGUUCAGAUCCUCAGACUGCAGCCUACCAACAGAGACCCUGAGCCAGAACCACUCAGUUAAGCUGCUCCUGGAUUCCUGACUCAAAAACUGCGGAAGAUAAUAAUAAAUGCUGUGUUAAGCUGAAAAGUUUUGGGGAAAUUUGUUACAUGACAAAAGAUAACUAGUACAGGAAAUAAUCACGGCAUUGUUCCCCCAACAGUACAAAGAGGUCCUUAGGAAUAACUUUUACUUUUCUGGGUCGAGUCUUCGGUUUCUCGGGCCACUGACUUCUCUUAAUCAGGGUUCCUUUCAGAGAUUCAGUAAAGCUUCCACUGUUCAUUCAAACAGACUCACAUGCAAAUAGAAAUGCAAAAAGAAAAAGGAGGAGCAUUUCCACAUCUACCUAUUUUGAUCACAGACUUGCACAGGCUCUAUUUUCAGUGGUUCUUCAGCAUCCAAUUCCAAGGAUUCUGAUUCCAGAAAAUGAUUAUCACCAUUUAAAAAAAUUUAUUUUAAACAGCCAAAAUUGCAGUAAUCAACAAAUAUAUUCUAAAAUUUGUGGAAUAAAUCCCCUCCCCCGCCCAGUUUUUAACACAAAAAUCAUUCGGGCCAUUUCUUGGGAAUACAGACAUUUUUCUUGAACACACACGAAGAAAAAACACUUGAUGGUAUGUACAAUUAAAGGGCUAAAAACAGAUGCUUAAUUGUCUCCUUGGUUACAAAAGCAGUGUUCUUGCUUUGAAUUUAGGGACAGGAGCUAUUGAUGACUUAAAAGGCAUCGAUAUAUACAGACUAUCUCCAAGAGACGGAUUUAACGCUCAGAUUAACACUAUUAGUAAAUCUUUAGAAUCCUGGUUAAUAAUAUUCUUUGUACUAUAACCAUCUUGCAAUGAGUUGGGAAAAUUAAAACUAUGAUUAAGGAAUUAAGCUUUUCAAGGUGUGAUGAUGGUGGUGUGGUUAGGUAAGAGAGAGGAAAGCCUUAUCUCUGAAGAUGCAUACAGCAAUAUGAUAGGAAAUAUGGCUAAAAUUUGCUUCAAAAUUAUCAGUGGUGGUGGUGGGACAGUAGGUAGAGAUAUAGAUGAAUAAAUGUGAAGCUGACAGGUACAGAGGGAUACAUUAGACUCUAGUUUUCUAUGAUAAAAUGUUAAAAAGUAUCAAUAGGCUUAAAAGGGCAAACUUGAAAAUUAGUCAAGUUAUAUGUGAAAAAUAAUGACUUAAAUAGCUUUAGGGUUUUUUUUGUUUGUUUUUUUUUGUCAGUGGAGGCUUGCGUGUUGCUAUGAUGCUGAACAGGUUUCAGAGGAGCUUCCAGACUAAGAUAGACUAGGCCUAGUGAUCUACUUCUGAAAAUGAGCCGGUGAAAAUCCUAUGGUAACAAUGGUAAGCUCCCACUGCGCACAGGGGGAGGCUACUCAAUAGCAACCAGCGAGGUUUUUUUUAACGGUCCCGGGGAAAACAAAUCUGAAUCCUCUUUCCACUUAGCCUGUUUGCUAUUAUCUUCAAUAACAUCCUUCAGUGAAGAAGUAAAAAUUUUAAACGACCUGUGUAUUCUGUAGAGGGUCAGCAAAACAGAGCAAGACCCUUAACGAGAUGGAUCGGACACAGUGGCUGCCAAUGAUGGGCUCAAAC